AUGGGAAUCAAACGCCUUGAAAAUCACCAGCAACUGAACUCAUCAAGAAACAUACAAUCCCGACUGUCAAAGAUUGAGAUCACUAGAACACCCUCGACACAUACCCAUCUGAGGCCGCUUUCGCAAGCUAAAGCUAUCUAUAUCAACCAUGCUGUUCACCCCGCCGCUCUGUUGGCCAUCCUGGUCACCUCCAUUGUCGCCAGUCCGGUCGUACUGGUCAAGCGAGACAAGAUCAUCAUUGGCUAUAGGCGUGUUAGCAAGGAACAAGCUGCCGAUUACGAAAGAAACGGCGGAACCCUUACCUACGACCCACGUUUGGCGACCGGCGGCCAACAGCUUGGCCCUGGUGUGUACAUCUCUCCGCGCCGUGGCGCAUGGCCGAUUGGCGGUGACAGCGACUGGUGGUGUGUUGUCAGGGCAGAUUCCGAAGCGGUGGACAAUCUCAGCAAGGUCUGGGUACCAUCCUUCUCCCAUGACUUCGACAACCUCUGGUACGUAAGCGAGGAGACCAUGACGGCCUACAUCAAAGAGGUGGACGACGGGAUCGACCCGGAGAAGGCGUUCCGCUUGUCACGGAUCGACAGGGACGAAAACAGUCUCCAGAUGCUGAUCCCGCCGGGGCUGCUGAACGGCCAGGGAGGUGGCCUGGGUAUCACUGUUGAGUGCGACCCCGACGCCAACAAAGUGCCGACAGACGCGGUGGACUAUGAAAACUUUGACGCAAGUGGUGACAAGGAUCCCGCGUUUUGA